GGGAAGAUCUUUAGCUUUGCAAAGGCAACAGCGUGGUGGUGCAACAGAAAGCCGAGCUGCUGCAGUUGUGUGAGGGCGCCGCUGGGUGAGUCCCUCUCUCCGCUGCUUCGGUCUCCACUGCUCCCUUUUCCCAAAGAAAAGAAGAGGAGAUCUAGGUCCGGGGAGGAGGAGGGCCGCCGCCAUUAUCGGAAAGCUGACAGAAAUCCCACUUUCACACGCGCGAUCGGCUCCAAAAAUUGCCCAGGACAUGAAGGAUUCGUGUUGCAGCAGGGGCACAUUUCAAAGGAGACACCAGGGCGAUUACAACAAACUCGCUGUUGUCUGGUGUGCGCGACCGGCCCAGCGUUAUUAUGUGGCCACAACAAUGGACAGAAUAAUGAUUGAAAAAGCAACGUGGUGAACCGAGAGGAAGACGACUGGAGCAGACUUUUUUUUUCUUACACGCCCGAAUUUCGCUGGAGGAAACCUCCCUUUGCAAGAAUAACCCCGGACAUAUUUAUUUAUUCCUGGUGUUUAAAUACAACAAUAAAAAAAACAAAAACGGUGUUGCAAAAAAAUGGCGAGAAUCCAGGCAUGUGUGAUGGGGAUUCAUUUCCACUGACCACACCACACGCAGCGGUGUGAUAUCAGUGUUAUCUGGAAACAGUUCAUAGCAUUUAUUCUGCGGCUUUUGCUUAUGCACAAAGCAGGCGGCGAGGGCUGCGGCAAGCACUGGCCUGACAGAUGCGGGAGGAGAAAGGGGAGAAACGCGAUGGAUCUGAUUCUUAUAAGGAAUGAAUGAAAGGACCCACUUUUCAUAUCACUGCACUGUUAUUUAUUAUAACUGAAGACCAGCAGAUAAAGGAGCAAUCUGAUCCGUUCUGUGGAUGAACAUUUUGUGGACAAACAUAUAAGUGGUCUCUUUUAUUCAGUGCCUGUUUGUGGCAGGAUGAGUUUCAGAAGGCUAUGAUGGCAAAAAAGCAAGAUGCACGCUCGCCCAUUUACAACCUCAUUGUGGUGGGUUUGUCAGGAACAGAGAAAGAGAAGGGGCAGUGUGGGGUCGGCAAAUCCUGCCUGUGUAAUAGGUUUGUGCGACCUAGUGCCGAUGACUUCUACCUGGAUCACACGUCAGUGUUGAGUACCAGUGACUUUGGGGGUCGGGUGGUUAACAAUGAUCACUUUCUCUUUUGGGGGGAGGUGUCUCGGGUGCUGGAGGAGGGGCCCGAGUGCCGGAUGCAUGUUGGGGAGCAAACCGAAUUCAUAGAUGACCAGACAUUUCAGCCACACCGUAGCACUGCUAUGCAGCCCUAUAUCAAACGAGCAGCCGCAACCAAGUUGGCCUCGGCGGAGAAGCUCAUGUACUUCUGUACAGAUCAGUUGGGUCUGGAGCAAGACUUUGAGCAAAAACAAAUGCCAGAGGGGAAACUUCAGGUUGAUGGCUCCUUGCUGUGUGUUGACGUGAGCCGGGGCAUGAACCGUAACUUUGAUGAUCAGCUGAAAUUCGUCACAAACCUUUAUGGUCAGCUCAGCAAGACCAAGAAGCCCAUUGUUCUGGUGCUCACCAAAUGUGACGAAGGUGUUGAGCGCUACAUUAAAGAUGCGCAUAUCUUCGCCAUCACAAAGAAAAGCCUUCCAGUAGUUGAGACUUCUGCUCGCUCUAACAUAAAUGUGGAUCUUGCCUUCCUCACAUUGGUUCAGCUUAUUGAUAAGAGUAGGGGCAAGCCCAAGAUCAUACCAUAUUUUGAAGCCCUGAAACUUCAGAGUCAGCAGAUAGCCUCUGCCAAGGAUCGUUAUGAGUGGCUCAUUAACCGUAUUGUCAAGAAUCACAAUGAAACUUGGUUAAAUGCCAGUCGACGAAUGAACACCUCGCCAGAGUACAAAGAAUACGUCUUCUUGGAAGGAACGGCUAAAUGCAAAAAGCUAUUUCAACAGCAUGUCUACCGCCUGAAGCAGGAGCACAUCGAGAGGCGUCGUAGGAUAUACCUAAGCACUCUCCCUUUAGCACUUAGUUCACUGGUGCCAGAUCUUGAUGAGAUCGAUCAGCUGAGCUGGUCUGGAGUGCAGAAAGUGCUUGAGUCCAAACAGCACUUUGCUCACUGGUUUGUCGUUUUGGAAGAUUCCCCGUGGGAGGAUACAUCUCACAUUGAUAACAUGGAGGAUGAGCGAAUCCCCUCAGACCUGCUGGAGACUGCUGAAGCAGAGGAUAUAUUCAAUGCCCAUCUGGAACAUUUAAGAAAUGAAUGUAGACGUGCAGAGAUAAGACAGGAGUUUAAGCAAAAGUUAGCCUCCUCGCCCUUUGUCACACCUGGUAAACCUUGGGAGGAGGCCCGCAGCUUUAUCAUGAAUGAAGAGUUCUACCAGUGGCUCGAAGAGAUGGAGUACUUGGACCUGUACAACCGCCAUCAAAAGGAGAUUAUUGACCGUGCUAAAGAAGACUUCCAGGAGCUUCUGCUUGAGUACUCUGAGCUUUUUUAUGAACUUGAAGUAGAUGCUAAGCCAAGCAAAGAGAAAAUGGGGGCAAUUCAGGAGGUUUUAGGGGAGGAACAAAGGUUCAAAGCGCUGCAGAAGCUUCCUGCUGAAAGGGAUGCUCUUGUGUUGAAGCAUAUCCACUUUGUCUAUCAUCCCACCAAGGAAACCUGCCCAAGCAGCCCCCACUGUGGAGACUCUAAAAUUGAGCAACUCCUAGCUUCACGUUUCCCCACGUGUUACCCCUUCUUUGAUGUGAAAGCUCAUUUUGGGGACACAAAGGCUGACAGAAUUAAUCUAGUCAUACUAGGGAAGGAUGGACUAGCCAGAGAAUUUGCCAAUGAGAUUAGGGCGCUGUGCACAAACGAUGACUGGUAUGUGUUAGAUGGGAAGAUGUACGAGCUGACACUGCGGCCUAUUGAAGGAAACGUACGUCUUCCAGUUAACUCCUUCCACACCCCCACUUUUACCCCUCAUGGAUGUCUUUGUCUGUAUAAUUCUAAAGAUUCCCUGUCUUAUGUGGUAGAAAGUCUUGAGCGACUUAGGGAAUCAACUCUAGGUCGAAGAGAUAGCCAGCUGGCCCAACUGCCCACGUCUCUUCUUUUAGUCACUAAAAGAGGCGUGGGCUCCUAUGUUGAUAUUGGUGGAGACUCUGCCUUAAACCUGAUAACGCAGGGCCAACAAGUUGCUAGGAGACUACAGUGUAGCUUUUUAGACCCGGCUUCCCCCGGUGUGGGCUAUGGCCACAAUGUAAAUGAGACUCAGAUCAACCAGGUGCUUAGGGGCCUCCUUGAUGUUAGAAGGAGCACAUCUUUUGGUAGCAGCUCCCCACCUCUCCCCCCCGAGCCCUCAGGUCUUAGAGACUCUCCUCAUCAGCCAGCCCAAGAGGCAGACCUUCGCAUUGUCAUGUGCUUAAUGUGUGGAGACCCCUAUGACAUUGAACAGCUCCUAUCCCCUUUCCUGAUGCAUCAGCACUGCAGGCCUAUAUCGAAUAGUGGCACUUCUGUUUUGCUGGAGCAGACAGUUGGGGGGCACAGGCUGGCUAUAGAGCUCUCUCUCCUCUCAUAUCAUGCCUCCUUCACUUUGAGGAAGAGCAGGUUAGUGCACGGCUACAUUGCUGUGUACUCAGUCACCCGGAAAGCUUCCCUGGAGACCCUGUGUGCAUUCUUAUGUGAGGUUCAGGAUAUAAUCCCCGUACAACUGUUGGCAGUAGGAGAUAGCCAGGCCGAGCUCACUGACAGCGACUUUGCCUGUGAACAGCUGAUUCAGGGGGAGGAGCUUGCCCAUGAGAUCGAGGGUCGUUUCAAUAGCGUGGUUUGUGGAUCCGGAGGAGUGGUGGGAGGACUGCACAGAAUAGAAAUGUUCCAUUCUUUUCUGAUGGAGGUGGUGGAGAAGCGCAAUAUCGUGGAGGCAACACAUAUGUAUGAUAACGUUGCUGAUGCAUGUACCAAUGAAAAUGUAUACUCCCCGCGCUGCAUCUCUCCUAGUCCAGUGACCAUGUACGUGGAUUCGGAGGAUGACGUAGAGCCUUCUCCGCCAUACUAUGAUGGCACGCUCUCUUCCCACACUGGUGGCUUCAACAUGCCAGACUUGGACUCCAGUGACAUCUCUGUCAUAUCUGAUAUAAGAGACUUUGAAAACAAGCUCAACAACAAAAUACCCCCCCAAGUCAGAGUUAAACCAGGUGUCACUUUUGACUUCAGGAAGAUGAGCCGCAGCCCCUACAUCGACACUCUAGGUCAUCGUCGCUCCCUGCCCUCUGCUGUUACCUGGGUCCCUGGUGGGGACGUGGGUUAUGACCCGUCCGACUAUGCUGAACCCAUUGAUGCUGUCUCAAAACCCCGUCCCAGCAACGAAGAGAUCAUUUACUCGGUUCCACACGACAGCACACAGGGCAAAAUCAUAACCAUUCGCAACUCCAACAGGAUGCAUUCAAAUGGAAAUGGCUCGGACAGCGAGGCAGACAGCAGUUCUUUGGAACGAAGGAGGAAGUUCUCAGCAGUCGGAGUGAAGCCCCGUCUGUACCGCGACCGCUCGAAGAGGCUGGGCAAGUUCAGCAGUUUCCGCACAAGCUUUAUAGGCAGCGAUGAUGAAAUGGGAGCUUUGUCAAAGUCCAAAGAUGACGACUUUGGGACUUUGAAAGGUGACACUCUUGUUAAUGAGGAGAUUGAAGACCCAAAAAAGAGGAACAUUCUGAAGAGCCUCAGGCGAACUGCCAAGAAAACAAGACCAAAGCCACGUCCUUCGAUUCCCAAGCCCAUGGAGAGCAGUUACUUUGGAGUGCCGCUGGCAAGUGUGGUGUCCCCAGACAGACCUAUUCCACUUUUCAUAGAAAAGUGUGUUCACUUCAUUGAGAAAACAGGCCUGAACACAGAAGGUUUGUAUCGUGUGAGCGGCAACAAGUCUGAGAUGGAGAGCAUGCAGAAGCAAUUUGAACAGGACCAUGGAUUAGACCUGGUGGAGAAAGACUUUGCCAUAAACACUGUGGCUGGAGCUCUCAAAAGCUUCUUCUCAGAGCUGCCUGAGCCCCUGGUGCCUUGUGCUCUGCAGGUGGAGCUAUUGGAUGCUUUCAAAAUCAGCGACAGGGAGCAGAGGCUGUACUCCAUGAAGGAUGUCCUGAGGAAGUUCCCCAAGGAGAAUUAUGAUCUCUUCAGAUAUGUAGUGAGCCACUUAAACAGGGUGAGCCAGUUGAGUAGGGUGAACUUGAUGACCAGCGAAAACCUGUCCAUCUGUUUCUGGCCCACCCUCAUGAGACCUGACUUCUCCACCAUGGACGCCCUGACUGCCACACGGACCUACCAGACAAUCAUUGAGACCUUCAUCCACCAGUGUGCAUUCUUCUUCUACAACCAGCCCCUAAUCGACUCCCCGACGGGGCUUGGAGGCCUUCCUGCCUCGCCCACCACCACCCUCAGCGGAAGCUCCGCCUACUCCUGCUAUCGCUCCUCCCCUCCGCACACUGCCUCACACUUCAGCCCUCUGCAGCAGUCACCACCCCCGACCCCGCAGUCACCCCUGCAGUCCCUCCUGCCUCCGCUCCACCAGCACCCCCACGCCCACCAUUCUCCUGCUGAGCAAGAGACACUGUGAGACGAUGACGCCGCGUGUGCCCAUGAUGAUGCUGGACCUUACCACCAAUACACAAACACACACAUUCAUACACAAGAAAAAAAAAAACAACACAAAGCACAUCUCAAACAUUGGCAAACCUAGCUUAUGAAGACAGGGGGACAGGAGGUGUUUCGAUCAUAGUUGUGUGAGCGUGCCAUGCUUCGAUGGUCAAUAAGGUGGGAGACGCUGCAAGGCUACACUACCAAGAAACCUCCAACCCAAGUUAAACGAGAUGAUUUGUGGCCACCACCAACAUUUUAUCAUGUGUAAUAUUAAUUUUGGGAUUUUUUUUUUUUUUAAAGUACCGCCACUGGAUUUAUGGACCGGUCCCUCUGUAGGUCCUUUGGGUAGCAGUUUGCUCCAUAGAAGCAGAGAAUCCUUGUCUGCCUUUUUUUUUUUUUAGCCUUUCUCUCAUCUUGCUCUAUUGGAGGGGGUCUGCAUAGUGGGGAAGGAAAGGGGGUGGGUAUCACAUCCAGGGAUGCACUUUAAAGAUCACUGUUUUUCUUUCCCUCUGUUUAAUUUCUCAGCUCAGCCAUACAUACCCAUUGCCUCAACCGAGCUCUGGCAGAUCAAACUUUGUUUACAUCAAACAUUUUUUUUUUUAAAUCCACAGAACUAUCUGAAGCACUUUUUGAUAGUGUAGUGUUAAACAUGAAGAAAUGCCACAUCAGUUAAUUGUCCAUAUUAUUUGUUUUCAGUGGCUGAAUGUGGCAUGAAUGCCGGAUGUUUUUGUAAAAAAAAAAAAAAAAAAGCUAAACAAAAAAAGCGAAGUUAGUCUUUUAAUUGGAUCCCUUUGUCGUCUGUUUUUGGGUUAUGAUGGAGAGUCUGAAUCUGCUUUAUGUUCCUCAUUCAUCCAGAUGUGGAAAAACAUUUUUUUUCUCUUCUAGCUGUUUGUUGAUCUGAGUGGAUGAUUACGGACUUUGUUUUAUUAGACAAGCCAUGCUGUCUGCCAUUAGUUUAAGGAGAACUGUUGCCAUGUUGAAUGUGUAACAUAGUUGCAUCAUCAUCAUCCGGUGUCCACGGAAACCAAAAUGCUUGAAAUGCUAUAGGUCGCUUAACCCGUUGAUGUGCUGUCCAUCAACCCAAGCUCUUUAUAUUCAUGUAAUAUUAAGAACCUUUAACUGGGGAGGGUCUAGGAUGUUACUGUUACUGCUGGUUCUGCUGAAACAGAACCUCAUUCAAAAGCAGCAAAACCCCUGCUGCGGUUGGGACCCAUUUGGGGAGCGUUUGCUCACCGUUUUCAGUGGCAGCUCUGCAAAUGAAGGCCCUGUAACUUUAACCUUUUGAACUUUAACAAGAAAGUAGCCCGUUGUCUUUCAGAUGCGAGGAUUGUAGCGCUGUCAUUGGUUGCAUUUGCAUUUGGGCCCAUCUGUUUUACUGGUACUGUUGGGGAUUGUAAUUUUCAUGUGAUCAACAGACUGGAACAAGGAAGAAAAAGUGUUUUCCUCAGACUUCUUUGAAACUUCAACAUUCAGAUUAACAUGAUUCCUGGGAGUGUAUAAAUAAUAUUGAUGCAUCAUUUGGCUUCAGCAAAAAAAAAAGAAAAAAUACCAGAUCAAAGGUGCCCAUGAAAGGAUCGAGAGGGUGCACACCACGUUUCUGUUAUGGUUGUUUUUUUUGUACGUUGGGGGGGUGUGGGGUGGGAGGGGGACGCCGCCCUUUAGUUUAUGGUAGAAAACAUUUCUAGUGUGUAUUUCAAUUAUUGGAGGUUCAUUUUUACGAUUUUUGUGAAUGGUUUAAAAGGCCACUUAAAAUUAGUGCAUGACUUAAAAAAAAAAUAGGACCACACAUGAAGCAAGGAGGAUGAAUGCUCUCUUCCAGUUUUUAAAACAUGAAGUAAGUGUGAGAACAAGAAUUGAUUUAGCUGAAAAAGUUCAUGUAUUGUGUGCACCAGGAGCAAACGGUGAAAUUUGUCUGACCUAUAACGUUUGAAUAUGAAGGCCUUAUGUGAACUGUACAAUAGUUAAUAAAUUAAAUCUUGUAAAACUUC